AUGCCAUUUUCUCCACAAGAAGUUGUCCUGGCCAGCUCUCCUGAUGGCCCCAUUGUUGCCUAUGAUGCCUCCACAGGCACCCCUCUAGCCAGUUUCAACGAUAGCCAUUCGCCUCGCCGUGGUAUCACCCGAGCUGGGCGGAGUUCCAUCGCCGUCUCCCACAUCUGCCCGAUCACUGCUUCGGGUUCAAUCCACAUUUAUAAUUGGUGGAAUUCAUCUGCCUUCCAGAGUAUCACUGUACCUGAACCUGUUGCUCCUCUCACAGCCACUCCUGAUGGUUUUUAUCUGUUUGCUGGUGGCCUUUCAGGAUGCAUUCAUACGCUCUCUCUUCCAUCUGGGGAUGUUCUCAACUCUUUACCCGCACACAGGAAAUCAGUUUCUUGCCUUGAACUUAGCGCUGAUGGGUCACUUCUCAUAUCAGGUGGGGAUGAUGGCACGAUUGUUGUCAUCCCAAUCUUUCAACUUGUUCAAGCCAAACCACAGGAAAAUGCAACCAAACACAUUCUACAUCAGUUUUCAGCACAUAAUGAUUCAGUGACUUCCAUUUACUCUGUCAUGGGGAUGUCCAGUUCCCAAAUAGUCUCAAGCUCAAUGGAUGGCAGAUGCAAGUUCUGGAGCUUGCUCUCAGGAACAGUCUUGCACACCGUGGUGUUCCCUUGUGCCAUUUUCAGUGUGGUCUUAGAUCCAUCAGAAACAGAGUUUUUCGCUGCAGGAUCUGAUGGGUUGGUGUACAAGGGCUCAUUGAGACAUAACAUCAAACACCUUAUAAGCACAGAUUCUGAACUAACUCCACCAGCAUCCGACAACUUGGCGUACAGGUGCUCAUUGAGGCAUAAAAACAAACACCUUAUGGGCACAAGCUCUGAACUAAUUUCAUGGUCGCCAAAGCACGACGCUGCAGUUGUAUCUAUAGUCAUAAUCAACGAAGGAAAUAACUUAAUAUCUGCAGCAGAAGAUGGGAACAUCUGGGUCUGGCAAGUGAACAAGGGGCAGGUGAUAAUGACCCUCGAAAAUGAGAUGGGAAGCAUAAGCGAUUUGGUGAUUGCCACAGAAAAAAGGCAUGAAAAAGAACGAAAUGUCAGAAGGGGCAGCCAUGGAAGAGCAAUGAAAAGUGAGAGCUCUAGAUUACCCAGUCCCAUGUUGGGGUUAUUGAUAAAUCAAACAGCUGAGAUGCAAGGCGCGGUGGCGGCGGGCGGAAGCGACGUGAGAAGAGCCAUUGAGUUGCUGGAAUCUGCCAUCGCUAUGUAUGAGAAGAUGUUGGAGCUAAUCUUGAAGGAAGCCAAAGCAGGCUACAAUCAAAAGGAAAUACAAAGAUGA